AAAGAGCGGCUUGGAGUGGAGAAGCAGCGGGCUGCGCUACGGGCUGGCCCUGAGACUGGACUGCGCUUCCCCCGCCUGGUGCCAGGGCUCAUCGCCCCCCGCUUCUCUUGUCCAUGGCUCCGUUGUGGCCUCUGCUCCAGCUCUGAGCCCCAGCCCCUGGAGAGCAGACAUGCUGCAGUUGCCCCUGGAGGGCUGAUCGAGGAGAAAGAGCGCCCGGGAGUGGAGAGGGCAGGGGACACCUGAGUGUGCUAUGGGAUGGAUGAAGAAGAAGAGAACAAAUAUGUAUCCCAGCUCAAGGAAGUCUAUAGCAGUUGUGAUACCACUGGCACAGGAUAUCUGGACAAAGAGGAGCUGACAGAGCUGUGUCAAAAGCUUCAUCUGGAAAGACAGCUUCCUGUUCUUUUGCAGACACUACUUGGGAAUGACCACUUUGCCAAGGUAAACUUUGACGAAUUUAAAGAAGGCUUUGUGGCUGUGCUGUCAUCAGAGAUCAAUGUUAGCACUUCUGAUGAAGAUAGUAGCUACUUGGAAGCAGCUGACCCAGAUGAAGUUCAGCCAAAGUAUGUGAAUGGAGCCAAGUGGUACGGUCGUCGGUCCCGACCUGAGCUACAAGAUCCUGAGUCUGAAACCAAGUUUUUGCAAGAACAGCAAGUAAAUGCCAAUGUGAAAAGCCCACUGAGACGCUCGGCCUCUUUGGAGAGUGUCGAGAGUCUCAAGUCAGAUGAAGAAGCUGAAAAUGCUAAGGAACCCCAGAUUGAGACUUUUGAAACACAAGGCCAGUGCCAUACUUGGAAUCCUGAGAUAUAUGGGAAUUCCCAAAAGUCCCCCAAUGCUUCCUUGGAGGUAACUGAGAACCAGGUCCGGGGAAUCUGGGAAGAGCUUGGUGUUGGGAGCAGUGGUUAUCUAGAUGAAGAAGAAUUGGCAACAGUUUGUAAGAGCAUUGGACUGCAAGAACUUGAAAAAGAGGAACUUGAAGAUUUGUUUAAUAAACUGGACCAAGAUGGUGAUGGAAGGGUUAGUUUUAAAGAAUUCCAGCUUGGGGUAUUCAGUCAUGGGCCCAAUUCAGUUCCCGGAUCUUCUACUCCCAUCAAACCUAACAAGCUUUGGCCACAUUACCAGGUCUAUGAGGAGAAUGGCUGUAAAACCUCCACUACCUCAUCCCUUCUGUCCAUCUGUAUGGAUAUGCACCUCUUCUCCAGCAUCGAUGAUGGCUCUGGGCUUGCUAUUCCUGAGCAAGUCAUUGCCAUUUGGGCCCAAGAAGGCAUAAAGAAUGGCAAAGAGAUACUGCAGAACCUUGACUUCAACAUGGAAGAUAAGGUGAACCUUUUGGAACUGACGUGGGCCUUUGACAAUGAGUUGAUGACUGGUGGUGGCAUUCAGCAGGCAGCCUUGGCCUCCUACAGACAUGAACUCUGCUAUCUACAAGGGCAAGCUGAGCAGUCAGUGAAGGAAAGAGACAAACUGAAGCAUGAUUUGGAGAAAAUGGAAAAACGGAACUUGGAGUUUGUCAAAGAAAUGGAUGACUGCCACAUUGCCAUGGAGCACCUCAAUGAAAACAAAAUCAAACACCUGGAGGAGGACUACAGAGGAAAACUGUCACUGAUUCAUUCUGAGAUUGAGAUGGAGCGAGAGAUGCUCUGGCAGCAGGUGAACAGACAGAGAACCAAGCUUGAAGCAGACAUUGAAUAUCUACAGGGAGAAGAGGUGUGCCUCCGGGAGAAGUUGACAUUGGCUUUGAAGGAAAAUAGCCGAUUACAGAAAGAAAUCAUUGAGGUUGUGGAAAAGUUGACAGCAUCCGAAAAGCUGGUGUCAAAGCUACAGAAUGAUCUUGAAUUUGUGUUGAAAGACAAGUUGGAGCCACACAGCCUUGAGCUCUUCAGUCAGGAAGACCGGUUUGCAGACGUUAUCAGAGAAUAUGAACUCAAGUGCAGGGACCUAAGUGACAGAAAUGAUGAACUGCAAACAGAAUUGGAAGGUCUGCGGUCCCAGCUGCAUGAAAGCAAAUGCCAUCGCUCGUGGAGCCAAGAGAAGGACAAUGUGCCAGACGGAUACCUUUUCCAGGCUGAUGACCAAGAAGAAGCAAUACAGAGAGUCAAUUGGGCCCUUCAAAUGAGGAGAAGUCUGUCUGCUAAAGGCAAAAAUGGCAUCACUUCUGUUGGAGAUGAUCAUAUACCAGUGAGUAUAGAAACAGAGAUAAUGAUAGAGCAACUGAAAGAACAUUAUCAAGAUCUCAAAAUCCAACUGGAAACUAAGGUAAAUUACUACGAGAGAGAAAUAGAGCUCAUGAAAAAGAACUUUGAGAAGGAAAGAAAGGCCAUUGAGCAAGGCUUUAAGAUGGAGAUUAGUGAGUUAGAAGAUCAGAAGGCUGAUUUGGAAGAGCUGAAUGUGAAAUCGAAGGAGAUGAUUGAAGGCCUCAAAGAUCAGAUCCAAAAAUCAACCCAGACCCAAGAGAUUAAGAGGAUAUUAGAGAAAGAGAGAUCAGAAAUGGAACAGUACUACGCAAAGGAGAUUUCCAAUCUAGGACAGCGGCUGGCCCAGGAAAAGGACCAACUAGAAGAAGAACUGAAAUUGAAGCAUCAAAGUGAGCUGCACUUGAUGAGGACAGAGGCAGAGAUCGAAUUGAAUCAAAAGCUGUCAUGGACAGAAGCCCAGCAUGCUGAAAAUUAUAAGAGGUUAUUGUUGCAACAUCAGCAUGAAAAGGAAGACAUGUUACAGAAAUAUAGUCUGCAAGUGAAAGAGAUAAAGGAGCAAUAUGAUUUAGAAAAAAAGCAAUGGGAAGAGAAAGAAAAGGAAAUAAUUACUAAGAAUAAAAAGAAAGAGCUAAAGCUGGAAGAAAGGAUGAAUGAAGAGCAUGCUAGAAUAUGCAAAAUGUUUGUCAUUGAAAAAGAAAAGGUUGAACUCACUUACAGAAUGCAAAUAGAAAGGCUUACCCAUGAAACAGAGAAAAUGAGGGCCCUCUUAUCUGAUGAGAAAAGACAGAAAAAUAAUGAAGCCAAUUGUGUGAUUAGCCAAGAAACAUUUUUUCCACUCAAGAGCAGAAACCAAGAGCAGGCUCUCCUCUAUGAAGAGGGCAGGAAACAAGAUGAACAGUUAUUAUCAUGGCCCAAAUCCAAAGGUGAAAGUCAUGAAAAGUCUGAUGAUGCAUUUUUUAUUCAAAAAAAGAAAGAAUCUGAAGGAGACAAGAUAAGUAAUUUAGAAACAAAAUGUAUAGCUAUAGUAAAGGAACAAGCUUGCUCUACUAAGACUGUUAAAAUACCACCCGAGUUUCAAACAUCCCUGUCAUCUGAAAGGCCAUUUGAUGGUGUCAGGAUCAGCGAUGCCAACUUGGCUUUGCCAAAUACAGAAGAAACCACAUUCCUUUUUCCAGAAAGCAUGUGUGCUCCAUCACUUGGAUCUGAAGAAGGAUGGAAACAAGAGGAACAGCAGAUGAAGGAUCAGUUGGUUUCCAUUGAUGAAAGAGGCAUCCAGAAUGAGAAUUUUUUAGACCAUCCCAAUAUCAGCAGAGAUAAAUUGCUUUUAUUGAAAACAGAGGAAAAUGGCUUGCUUCCUCAGUUUCCACAGAAAGCACACUUGAUCCAAACUCUGGAGCCAAAAAUGAGUUUGGCUUUUUCAGGAAAGGAGGACAUUGAGAAGCAAAGAGGAGUUUUUGAAGAACAAGUUGAGAAACUCACUGAAGAGCUGGAAUCAGUGAGAUUGAAGGAACAAGAUUUGAUCACACAGGUUCAGGAGACAGAAGGCCAGACUCAAAAACAUAUAAUGGGCUUGGAGCAGGAAUUGCAUCUCCGGGAGGAAGCUCUUAAGAAGGGAGCAAAACUAUUAGAUAUGUAUGUACAGUCACACCAGCAGCUAGCAAACCAAUUGAGGACCAAGGAAGAAGAGCUAGCAAUACUGCGGGAAAAGGAAGAGGUGAUUCUCAGUCAAUUGAAGCAAAAAGAGGAGGUGGUCAGAGAAAAGAAGUGGGAGACAGAGACCCAGCUAGAAAGAGAAAAGGAUGAGAUGAAGAUUAAACUGAUUCAACUGGAAGAGGUAGUCCGUGCCCUUGAGAAAGAAACAAAUUCGAGAGAAAAUGACAGAAUUGAGUUGUGUACACUUUCUGAAGAUAACCGCAUACUGAAAAAUAAGCUGAAAAAGUUUCAGCAAGAACUAGAAGAUGCAGCCGUAGAAAGUGACCAGCAGAGGAAGCAAAUAGAAGAAAUAAAGAAAGAAAAAGAAAAGGCUUUCACCGAAGUGGAAGAGUAUAGUAAACAGAAAGAGAAGCAUAAGAAUAAAAUCUCCCAGCUCAGUGCCAAGAUCAGUCAGUUGACUGAUGAGGUCUCUGUGCUUCAGGCUCAGAAUGAGAGCAGCCAGCAUACCGUGCAGCAGUUAACACAGAGACUUACAAGGGAGGAACAUCAGCAAGAGGAGAAGGAUGGUCAAAUCCAGGAACUGGAGAUGGAACUUAAGAAGGUGAAUCAGGAAUGCCAAUCUCUAAGACUUUCAGAGUCACAGCUGAGAGAGAAGCUUGAGGAAAACCAGGAUCAGUUACUAGAAGCCAAGGCAAGGUUGAAACUGGCCCAGUCCCAACACACAGAAGAGAUGCUUCAAGUGAAGGAGCAGAUGUGCCAUUUGGUGCCUCGGGAUUAUGUGACUGAGUUACAGAACGCCCUGGCAGAAGAACAGCAGAUGGUUCAGCAUCUCCGAGCGGAUUUUAAAUUCCAUGCAGAGCAGGCGAGUAGACAACUGGCGAGCCAGAAGGAACAUCAUGAAGAAAGGCUUAAAAAUAUGGAAGAGAGGGUGGAAGAGGUAGAAAUGAAUUUGAAAAACAUGGAAAUACUGUUGCAAGAAAAAGUAGAACAGUUGAAAGAGCAAUUUGCAAAGAAUGCAAAAUCUGAUUUGCUGCUAAAAGACCUGUAUGUAGAAAAUGCUCACCUGAUGAAAGCUCUCCAGAUUACUGAACAGAAACAGAAAGGUGCCGAGAAAAAGAAUUUCGUCUUGGAGGAAAAGAUUAUAGCUCUCAAUAAAUUAAUAAACAAAAUCACUCCAGCUUCUCUCUCGGUGUAAAAAAGCUUUUAAAAAAAUCAUUGUGAGAGGCUAUAGAAUGUCACGUUUCUGAGAAUCUUGCUAGUAAUGAAGAACCAGACAAUGUCUCAUCAUGCAGAAAAAGGAUUAGGAUAUUGGGAUAGAUUGACUGCCAUUUGUUCAUCAAGAGCAUAAGGCUUCCACUGACCUUGGUUAGCCUUCCUAGGACAACUUCCCUAUCUGUCCCUCAACAAAGUCUAACUUCUUAUUAGGUGAGAGAGGGUAGGGUGGUUUCCUCAGGGAGAGAUGCAUGGAUGGGAAAAGCAAUAAAACAUAUUUCAAUUAAUGCAAAAUCUUUCCUUUGGUCUUGCUAGGCCAGAUGGGCAGAAAAUCAUUGCCUUGCCCGUUUUUAGAAUGAUUUAUUAUUCCAUAGUUAUUUCUUUUGACUCAGGACAUUUUAAAUUUUGUACUCAUGUAAAAACUGUGCAAAGGGCACUUUCACUGUUCACUAGACAACAUACAGCUCUUUAUUUGUGAAUUCCCUCUUUUAGCAAGCUUCCCUAUAAUAAGGGAACUGCCUAGAUUGCACAAAGGUCUAUGGGCUCAGGUCAUAAUGCUAUUUAUUUUAAAUGCGGUCUUCUGCCCUUGAAUUUUGUCUUUACACUGGAAGUUGUAUUAUAUGUAAAAAUGUAUAGUUUUUAUAUCAAUGUGUACAAAACCAUGGAUAUCUGGUUUAUCUAAAUGUAUAGCAGUGAAAUUGCUUUGGUACAUUUGCAAUAAGAAGUUUUAAUAUUAAAAAUGUUGACAAUG